GGUUUAGGGGGGAGCUAUCUCGUUCUCAUCGCAUCUCUGAAGAUUAUCGCGCAUGCGCAGUAGCGAAUGGAGAGGCUGCAUGGAUUGCACAGCGGCAGACAAGCUAACCGGCGUCAGGAGAAAGUACAGAGCUUCAACAUGAGCAGCCAAGGAGCCGGAAAACCAAGAGAGAAGGAGCAAGAAGAUAGCUUCUACGACUGCCAAGAGACCCUGGAGCCUUCAAGCCGAAGGGUGGAGGAGGACAUUUACGCAAAAAGUCACCCACUGACUGACAGAAGAGACAACACAAACCGGGCAGGAAGAAGUCAGGAGGAGGAGGAGCAGAGCGAGGAGGAGGAGCGGAGCGACAAGCUGCGAGGGAAGAAGCAGCAAGGCGAGCGCUCACAGGAGGAGGAGGAGGAGGAGCAGGGUGACAGGCUGCAAGAGGAGGAAGAUUCAGAGACGAAGGAUGAGCGCAGCCAUGAGGUGGAGUUUGAUGAUGACUACCUGAAGGAGGCGGAGAAGGAGCUGACGGAGAAGGAAAAAGAGAGUCGACGGCAAGAAAGUUUAUCCCUGAAGGAAAAGGGCAACAGCCAGUUUAAAGCUGGAGACUGGCUGGAGGCAGAGCAGAGCUACACCGACGCCCUGGUUUCAUGUCCGGUUUGUUUCAGCCGGGAGAGAGCGGUGGUGUUCUCCAACAGAGCAGCUGCUCGACUCCACCUGGGUCUGAAGGAUAAGGCCAUCGCUGACUGCAGCAGAGCAAUAGAGCUGAAUCCAGACUACGUACGGGCAUUGCAGAGGAGGGCGGAGCUCUACGAGCAGACAGAGAAGCUGGACGAAGCUCUUGAGGACUACAAGAAGGUUCUGAACCUGGACCCAACCCAGACCAGUGCCAGUCAGGCCUGCAUGAGGUUGCCUCAGCAGAUCCAGGAGAGAAACGAGAAGUUGAAGGAGGAGAUGAUGAGCAAACUGAAGGACUUGGGGAACCUGGUCCUGAGACCGUUUGGACUUUCCACCAACAACUUCCAGGUGAACCAGGACACAGACACCGGCUCCUACUCCAUCAACUUUGUCCAGAAUAACAACAGAUGACAUAACUGAGGGCAAGGAUGGCAUCACAGAGGACCCUGGUUGUUCUCUGGGAUCCAUGGUAACCGCAGUGCACAGGACCAACUGCUGUGACGUCGUUCUUACAGGAUCCUUACAAAAUAAUAAAGAUCAUGACAAAGCUGUUCAAAUAAAGUUUUGGAUUCAACUCA